ACACACUGAGCAGAUCAUCGAGCUAGACCAGACAACGCAUACGACUACCUCACUUACUCGACCGGCCAAAGCAAGCAGGUCACCAUGGGCGGCGGGCACGACAUGCACGGCGGCCACAGCGGCGGAGUGAAGGGCUUCGUGUCCAGCCUCGUCGGCGGCGGCAAAAGCCACGGGUACGGCGGCCAGGGGCACGGUUGCGACCAGGGCUACGGCGGCCACGGGCAGCAGCAGCACGGGUACGGCGGCCACGUGCAGCAGCACGGGUACGGCAGCCAUGGGCAGCAGCAGGGGUACGGCGGCCACGGCCAGCACGGGUACCCUCCGCCCGCCGCCGGUGCUUGCCCCCCGUACGGCGGCUACCCGGCGCAAGGCUACGCGCCGGCGGCGUACCCCGCGCAGCCCGCGCCACACCACGGUGGGCACAUGGGAUCGUACCACACCGGGCACGGCGGCGGGCACGGGCACGGCUACUCCGGCGGGAAGCACAUGGGCGGCGGCAAGCACGGCGGCAGGAAGUGGAAGUGAAGUGGCCGAUAGGCGAUAGCCGCCGGUCGGUCGCCCGCGCGCUCACGUAAGCACCUGCUGCGUGCCUUAGCUAAGUAUAACCACGGAUGCUCCGUAUGUACGUAUACGUACGUAAAUAAAGGGCAACGUACGCGCCACGCGCGUGUGCGUACGUUAGCUUAUCGCCUGAGCUGGUGGUUCUGUGUAGUGAUGCUGUGAGCGUGGUGUGUGUGACGACCCAGUACAAAAUAAAGCCUACAGCUCGUACUAUAUGUACCGAGCAAUAUUGUA